AUGACAAUGUCCCCAAAACACAGAGACUUCAUGGCAGAGCCCAUGGGAAGAAACCAGUGGGGAGUUGGGAUUGGUGGAGUCCUGGGCAAAAAGCUGAAGGAAAGGGGCUUUGACAAGGCUUACGUGGUCCUUGGCCAGUUUCCCGUGCUAAAGAAAGGUGAAGACCUCUUCCAAGAAUGGCUGAAAGACGCAUGUGCCAAUGCCAAGCAGUCCUGUGACUGCCUUGGGUGCCUUUGA